AUGAGCUCACAAAACUCAAACGAAAUAACGGUAGAAUCAUCGCACGGAUAUCAACGACCUUUUUUACCACCAAAACAUCGCUAUAUGUCGAACUACCUUAGUACGCUGCAUAUAGACGCUGAAUCUUCAACUGUUAACGGUAACAUUGGUAUAUUUGAAAAUAGUUUUACGGAAAGUCCCACUCUUUCAAAUGGUGAUAUUACAAAUGCUGGCGGUAUAAUUCUGCCUGUAAAUCCUACGGAAGACGAUAUACUUAUUGAGGAUCAAGCUGACCCUUUUCUUUUGGUAUCAUUAAGUCAAAGACCACCUCCAAGACCAAAAUUUGAAUUUUUAUUAUAUUUAUUCGCUGUUUUGGAUCUCGCUAUCGUUUUUAUUUGUUCUUAUUUCUUAAUCUAUAAUACUGAAACUGGAAGUUGGCAUUGGAAUAGUGCUAAAUGGGAUAUGAUUAUAUUAGCUAUUUUUAGAUUCAUUGUUGUGUUAAAAGUUACUUCUUCCACUUGGAUCAAUAAAUCGCGAUAUAUUUUGGGUGGCGCUUGUUGUAUUUCUUCAUUGUAUAUAAUUUUUAAAGCAAAUCUUCUUUUUCAACACAAACGUCCAAUCCAAGAAUAUGGUCUGAUCUUAAUCGUUUCAUCCUUCUUCUUUCUUCAAAUACAUUGGAUAGCCAACGUUAUUAUCACAACUGACACUAGACAUCGUGACUUGUUCCUACGUACAAACACUAUUCUCUUCGAAGAAGAAACUAGCGAUAAUGAAGUACCUAGGGAACAUGUUGAUUUUUCUCGAAAUGAUACUCCAUCACCUUUACCAUACUAUGGUGCAACUGAUAAUUAUCAAAGUACUUCUACAGAUAAAGGUGUACGCAUUUAA